GGUGUGAUGGACAGGUAGCAGAAGAUUUCACUUUGAUAUCAGGGAAUCAGAAUGACCGAGUGCUUCCUGCCUCCCACUAGCAGCCCCAGUGAACACCGUCGAGUAGAACACAGCGGGGGUCUUGCUCGUACUCCCAGCUCUGAAGAAAUCAGUCCUACAAAAUUCCCUGGAUUGUACCGCACUGGUGAGCCUUCACCACCUCACGACAGCUUGCAUGAGCCUCCAGAUAUAGUAUCUGAUGAUGAAAAGGAGCAUGGGAAGAAGAAAGGAAAAUUUAAGAAGAAAGAAAAAAGAACGGAAGGUUAUGCUGCGUUUCAAGAGGACAGUUCCGGUGAUGAAGCUGAAAGUCCUUCAAAGUUGAAGCGGUCCAAGGGAAUACAUGUCUUCAAGAAACCCAGCUUUUCCAAAAAAAAGGAAAAGGAUUUUAAAAUAAAAGAGAAACCCAAAGAUGAAAAACACAAGGAAGACAAACAUAAGGAAGACAAACAUAAAGAGAAGAAGUCAAAAGACUUAACUGCCGCAGAUGUUGUAAAACAGUGGAAAGAGAAGAAGAAAAAGAAAAAGCCAAUUCAGGAGACAGAAAUACCUCAAGUGGAUGUUCCAAGUCAUAGACCCGUGUUUGGCAUUCCUUUGUCUGAUGCGGUAGACAGGACCAUGAUGUAUGAUGGCAUCCGCCUGCCAGCAGUUUUCCGUGAAUGUAUAGAUUACGUAGAGAAGUAUGGCAUGAAAUGUGAAGGCAUCUACAGAGUUUCAGGAAUAAAAUCAAAAGUUGAUGAGCUAAAAGCAGCCUAUGAUCGUGAAGAAUCUCCCAACCUGGAAGAAUACGAGCCCAAUACAGUAGCCAGCUUGCUGAAACAGUACCUACGAGAACUGCCUGAAAAUUUGCUUACCAAAGAGCUAAUGCCCCGCUUUGAAGAUGCUUGUGGAAAGAGCACAGAAGCUGAGAAAGUUCAGGAGUGCCAGAGGUUGCUGAAAGAGUUGCCAGAGUGUAACCAUCUCCUAAUUUCUUGGCUGAUCGUCCAUAUGGACCAUGUUAUUGCAAAGGAACUGGAAACAAAAAUGAACAUCCAGAAUAUUUCCAUAGUCCUCAGCCCUACUGUCCAGAUCAGCAACCGUGUCCUGUAUGUGUUUUUUACACACGUUCAAGAGUUCUUUGGGAAUGUGACCCUAAAGCAGGUGACCAAACCUCUUCGCUGGUCAAAUAUGGCAACAAUGCCAGCACUUCCAGAAACACAAGAAAGCAUCAAAGAAGAAAUCAGGCGACAGGAGUUCCUACUCAACUGUUUACACAGAGACUUGCAGGCAGGGAUAAAAGACUUAUCCAAAGAAGAGAGACUCUGGGAGGUGCAAAGAAUUUUAACAGCUCUUAAGAGGAAACUAAGAGAAGCUAAGAGACAGGAGUGUGAAACCAAGAUUGCACAAGAAAUUGCUAGCCUUUCAAAGGAGGAUGUCUCCAAAGAAGAAAUGAAUGAGAACGAAGAAGUUAUAAAUAUUCUGCUUGCACAGGAGAAUGAGAUUUUAACAGAACAAGAAGAACUGCUGGCCAUGGAGCAGUUUCUGCGGAGACAAAUCGCCUCGGAGAAAGAAGAAAUAGAUCGCCUUCGAGCAGAAAUAGCUGAAAUACAAAGUCGCCAGCAGCAUGGCCGAAGCGAAACUGAGGAAUAUUCUUCCGAGAGUGAAAGCGAGAGUGAAGAUGAGGAGGAACUGCAGGUCAUCCUGGAAGAUUUGCAGAGGCAGAAUGAGGAACUGGAGAUAAAGAACAAUCAUCUGAACCAAGCAAUUCACGAGGAGCGAGAGGCCAUCAUAGAACUGCGAGUGCAGCUUCGACUAUUGCAGCGAGCUAAAUCAGAGCAGCAGGUGCAGGAAGAAGAGGAGCCAGAAAAACGUGGGGGUGUUUCUCAGCAGCAAAGAGAGAGUGUCUUGGAGACAAAAGCAGCCAAAGAGCAGCCAAAAGCAAGCAAGGAGCAGCAAGUGAAGCCAUCGCCAAGUAAAGACAGGAAAGAAACUCCAAUUUGAUCCUUGGAUAUGCAUAAAAUCAACUGAACUGUGCAAAUUACUGUAAUUUGAGUCUAACUGCACAAAUUAUUGCUGGCUGUGUACAUUCUGCAAAGAAACUUUUCUUUUAAGCCCUGGAGACUUUUGUCUCUGAUACUUGUGGCUUCUACUCAGGCUCAGGUGAGUUUGGAGAGGCCAGAAGAGUUUUCCAGUUAGUAUCAGAUUAUUUCAAGACUGGUUUCCUUCAGGUGAUUUAAAAUAAUUCAGUACCAUUUUUAUUUUAAACCAAAAUCAUUAUUUACUUUCAU